GAGGUAAAACCACUGAUCUCAAUAAGCCCAUUUCCUUUUAUCUUUCUCUGCUCUCUCAAAGGUACUGCGGCGAGGGAAGCAAAGACCUUACCAUUUCGUCUCUCUGCGUUCUAUAAUCGGCGCUUCCUCCGGGUUAGUUUAGUGGGAAUUGAUGGCGUCCAAGUUGGUUCAGUUGCAGUCAAAGGCAUGUCAAGCUUCUCAGUUUGUGGCUAAGCAUGGAACUAGUUAUUACAAGCAGUUGUUGGAGCAGAAUAAGCAAUAUAUUCAAGAACCUGCCACUGUUGAGAAAUGCAAUGAGUUGUCGAAGCAGCUGUUAUACACUCGUCUUGCAAGUAUUCCCCACCGGUAUGAAUCAUUUUGGAAGGAAGUUGAUUAUGUGAAAAAUUUAUGGAAGAACAGGCAGGACCUGAAAGUCGAAGAUGCUGGCAUUGCAGCUUUGUUUGGGCUCGAGUGCUUCGCUUGGUAUUGUGCUGGUGAGAUUGUCGGAAGGGGAUUUACUUUCACCGGUUACUAUCCUUGAGAGGAACUGGUUCCUAUAAUGUGUUUCAGAAGAUUGAUUAUAUAAGCUUAUGUUCUUGCAAGAUCAAAUGGCAGGCAACUUGCAAAUUUUUGUUUUUUUCCGCAAAAUUUUCGAACAUUAGAAAUCAGUCCGUUACUGUGAUUGCCUCAAUAAUUUACAUUUGAAGCGGCUUAGAAUGAAUACUGUCGUUCUAUUAACUUUGUUGGGAAGUCGCUGCUGUUCAUGAAUGAUGAUAAUGCUGCAAAUUUUUUCGUUGGCUUGCCUUGUACCCAA